UUCACGCCAUUCCUUUCUGAGAUGAAAUCAAUGGCGAGAUUUUCUGGGUUUCUGGUGAAUCUUAUAGCUGAACAGAAGAUUAGAAUUGAGAAAUAUACUGAACAAUUCUUACGAGCAAGGGUUUCAAAUUCAUCAUUGCGAUCGAAAAAAUCCCAAGAGUUCAAUUCAUCCCCCGACUGCAUCAAGGUAAAUCCAUCAAUUUGUUGAGGUAUAAUACUUCCAUUUUUUGAAAUUUAGUUUGUGUAAUUCAUUAAACCUUUAGACUACAAUGGUAAGGGUAUAUAUUUUAUCAGCAAACAAUCAACUUCUAUGCGAAAGAUAGACGCCUAUUAAUACGAUUCCCCUUCAAUUUUUUAGAUGAUACUUGCGAGCAUGCGUUUGAAACAUUUGUUUGCAUUCGUAUUUUAAUUAUGAACUAUAAACAUAUCUUAACAUUUUUUGAUGAAUUUCUGAAAAUCUUGGUUUAUUUGGCUUUAUUUGAGAUCGAUGAAUGGAUGAAAUGUUUUUGCCCAAUAUUUAACUUGUGUGAUAUCUGAUGAGAUUGGUUUAAUGUAUUCGUAUAUGCCAGACUAAGUUCAUCUCUGAAUAAGUGCUUGUUCACUAAAUUUGUAGUCUUUGUUAUAGAUAUGGAAACAUCUAGCGGCAAUGCAAUCGUUGUGCCAGAUUCUCCAAGUGAUUCAUCCAUUUCACCAGACAAGAAGCGGAAGAAGUUGGUUCUACAUCACCAUUCACGAUUACUUAAGGUUUGAUUGAUUAUUACGAGUAUCUUAUCGUUUAACCAAGUUGACGUCUCCUCUAAUUCAUAAUUUUUUGGAUGUUUCGUGCAUUCAUAGGUAAAGAGCCAGUUACUUUUCGAGCUGUUAGUCGUGCAAAUGAAAUUGACGUUAAAAUGCGUAUGUAAUAUUCCUUGUUUUUUGUUUUUUCGAAGCAUAGAUAGAUUGCAUAUCCCAGCCUGGAAUGUCGUAUAUAUCACGGCAGAGAGCCUUUUUUGGUGCAUUGGAUCGUGAGUUGCAACUAUAUCAGACAAAUGAUAUCGGCUAUAUUGACAUGUUUAUUUUCCCUGUUUUCCCCGAUGAUCAGCCUUAUAUUGUUUGUUUUGACCUGCGGAAAGAGUUGAUUUUCAUAAUAGACUCUUCUAUUGAGGUUAACAAACAUCCGGUUAGCUCCAACUACAACAUUUUGUGUGAUAUCCUGAGAUCACUACCGUCGGAGUUUCUAAACAGCAACAGGGAAGAUCUGAGUUCGACAUCAGUUGCAAAAUCAACUAUAGAGGGUGUGGACCUGAAAUGGGCGGACAGUAUGAAUACAAUAGAUGUUGUGUUGUAUGUCAUGAGGCAUAUGGAGACGUUCGGCGGAGAUACAUCCGUGAAUUGGAAUACUAGAUUACUAAAUGCAACUCACCACCACCUAGGGAUAUUGAGGAUGAGAUACUGUGCACCGAUAGCUUCGUGGGAACAUAACAAGUACAAGGAUGAUGUUUUGAGAGACUCGGCUGCAACGUAUGGGGCUGUUAUAGCUGUGAAUUCUACAAGAUUUAAUAGAGUUCUUGCAGGGUGAUAUUAGAUAUACCUCGGAGUAUUUUUUGAGAUCUGUUAUUUACUUUAGACAUUGAGUGUUUGACAUUUGUGAGCAAGAUUUAAUUAUGAUUUUGGUUA